CUGACCGGAAGGGGCGUGGCUACGGCGGCGACCGGGCCCAGGUGAGCGGGGCCGCCCCGGGCUCGCUGCGGCUCCGGCGGCGGCUCCGGCUCCGGGGGAGCCCCGCGGGGGUCCCGGCCGGGUACCGGUUGAGUCCCGGUUCUCUGUGGGUCAGCGUUGAGUCCCCUCUGCGACCCGCCCGCUGCGGCCUUGCCCGCCGGAGCCUCUCCCGGGCACUGCGGGCCCUCAGGCCGCGGGGGCCGGGCCCGGUUGGUGACCGCCGUGUUUCGCCCCCGCCAGACGCAGCCCUCGGCGCCAUGUGGUCCGUGCUCUGGGCAGCCGUGCGCUCCAAGGCCCCGUACGUCACCUUCCCGGUGGCCUUCGUGGUGGGGCUGGUGGGUCACCAGCUGGAGCGGCUGCUCCGCGGGGACCCUCCGCCCGCCGCCGAGGAGAAGAGCAUCUCGGAGCAGCGGGAGGAGCGCAAGCUGGAGGAGAUCGCGGGCAAGGACCUGACCAAGGUGGUGAGCCUGAAGGACAAGCUGGAGUUUGCCCCUCGGGCCGUGCUCAACAGGAACCGCCCAGAAAAGAGUUAAUGGCGGGUUUGGGGCAGAUGGUGCCCUGGAGGGACUGUCCCCGGGGACUCCCCUGUCACCUGCACAGCUUCCCCCAGCCGCCCUCCUGCACCGGCCUGGACCUUGGUGAUGCACCGUGCCCACUGCUGCUCCUCACGCUCCCAGGGCCCUCUGGAGGGUUGGGGUUUAACCGCCCCACGGAUGCGUCCAGGACGCAGCAGCCAGAGCUCCUAUGUGGCACAGGGCGCUGGAGAAGGAGCAGAUCCAAAAUCCAUCAGCCUGUCAUGGCCCCUGAACCAUGCAGCCCUCUCAACCUGUUUCCACCCAUGUCUCUCAAGGUUUGGUUUCCUUCAUGGCGUGAAGACAGAAGACACUUGGACCUGAGUGACGUGGGGUGGGGGUCAGGCUAACCGCCGGGGGCAGGAGGACCUUUUGUCCUUACAGCUUUCCCGUGGCUCUUUGCGAACCCCGAUCACACACCACGCUACCACAUCACACCCUGUGCAGUGCUGCACAUCUCCAGGGAACUCCUGUCUGCGUCGUCCCCAGGCUUCACAGCGAGGAAGGAGGACAGUGGGAGGUGGAAGUCCUGGCCCUGCUUCGUGGUGUUCUGAGCGUGGCGGUGGCUUUGGACUGGUGUGUAGAGAAUGGGGAGAUCUCUGCCCUGUACAGGAACAGCCACAAUAAACUUCUGUCAGUCCUUGGGGCUCUCUGUCUUCUGCAUCAA